AUGGAAAUACAAGUAAAUAGUGCAUUUGCAAAAGACUAUAAAUCUCUUGAAAAUAAUAUUUUAAAUAAAUUAAAACACAUAAAAUUAGACGAUGAAUCGUUAAAAAAAUUAAAAUUUCAUUUUGUCAAUCAAAUUAAUUCAAAAAGAACAUUUGAACGUAUCAAUAAAUUUGAUCAACUUUUUAAUGUUUUGAAAAAAAGAAAUAUUAUUGACCAUAAUAAAAUAGAAUCUUUUAAUUUUGCCUUGGAUGCUAUUCAAAAAAAAGAAUUGUCCAGAGAGGAAAAUUGUAAUUUAGAGAAAGAAUUUUUGAAUUUGUUUAUUACUAAUUCUUAUGUCACUGCAAAUACAUCAACAUUUAUUGAACAUGAUUUAGAAAUUACAAAAAAUAUUGCAAUUCUCUCACAACAAAAUUGUGAAAGUGAUUUGUGUAAAAAAAGAAAUUUUCAACAAAAAGUGAUGCUUGAAAUUAGCGAUCGAAUAGGAAUUAAAUGGAGAAAUUUGGCGCGAUAUUUAGGUAUAACAGAAAUGAUAAUUGAUCAAACGGAAAUAAAAUAUUCAGAUUUAAAAGAAAAAGCAUAUCAGAUAUUAAGAAUGUCUCAAGAACAAUUAACUUUUGAAAAUUGGCGAAGAAAAUUAAUUUAUGCUCUCGACAAAGUAAGAAGAAGAGAUCUUUGUGAUUGGAUAGAAGAUAUUUAUUUAAAAAGUUAUUGAACUCAUAAUAAAUAAAAAUGUAUCUAUUAUUUUUUUUUUUUAUAAUGUAUAUAUGUAUUUUUUUUUUUAAUUUUUUUUAUUGUAAACGUUAAUAUAUAUGAACAUUCGCUGCA